AUGGCGAUCAGCCAUGGCGCGAUAGCCUCGGACUCAGAGAAACAACUUCUCAUUUCACCGACUUCGGAAUGCAAGCCGAAACCGCGGCGGGCAAGCCGUGUGAUACUGGGUGCCAAGAUUGCCAUCACGAUAGCAGCUGCGAUUUUGUACAUUUUCAUCUUUUUUCCUGCGUUGAGGCCUUGUAUUCUCUCUGGGCCAUGGAGGGCUACGUCUCCCGCAGUCACGAUCACUGAUGACAGCGACGCGAAUUUUGGCGCAGUGGCGAGUGAAAGCUCGAUAUGUAGCACAGCUGGAAUUGAUAUGUUGAAAAAGGGAGGAAAUGCUGCGGAUGCUAUGGUUGCAACCGUUUUCUGUGUUGGAGUAAUUGGUAUGUAUCAUAGUGGGAUUGGGGGUGGAGGAUUUGUACUAGUCAGAUCGCCCAAUGGUAUCUAUGAACAUAUCGAUUUCAGAGAGACGGCGCCGGCGGCAGCAUUUCAGGACAUGUUCAAUGAUAAUAAGCAAGCAUCUGUUGUCGGUGGACUGGCCAGUGGCGUGCCCGGCGAAAUUCGAGGCUUGGAAUACUUACACAAAAAGUACGGUUCCUUAGAGUGGUCAACACUCCUUCAACCUGCCAUCAGAGUUGCUCGAGACGGAUUCUCGGUAACGGCAGACUUGGCUCGCGCCAUCAAUGCAAGUCUUGUUAGCAAUCCUGAUCUCCUAAGAACCGACCCGUCAUGGUCUCUAGACUUUGCGCCAAAUGGCACGUUAUUGGGACUUGGAGACACUAUCUAUCGGAAGCGCUACGCCGAUACUCUAGCAAAAAUCGCAAAUGAAGGGCCAGAUUCAUUUUAUUCUGGGCGGAUUGCUGAAACUAUGAUUCAGGCAACACAGGAAGCCAACGGGACAAUGACCCUGGAGGAUCUCCAACGCUAUGAGGUUCUGAUUCGCGAUACUAAGGAGAUCGAUUAUCGCGGGUAUAAGAUUACCAGCACAUCUGCUCCGUCUAGUGGAACUAUUGGAUUGAGUAUUUUGAAGAUUCUGGAAGGCUACAACGAUUUCUUUCAGCCAGAGACAAAACACCUUAGCACUCAUCGACUUGAUGAAGCCAUGAGAUUUGCUUACGGCCAGAGAACGACGUUUGGAGAUCCAUCCUUCCUACCAGGUUUACGUCAACAUGAGGAAGACAUGCUGAAUGACACCGUUGCCUCUGGGAUUCGUGGCCGAAUAUCUGAUUUUCACACUCAGAAUGUCUCGGCUUAUAAUCCAGAUGGUCUUGAGAGUCUAGACACACCCGGAACAUCACAUGUCUCGACUGCAGAUCGCUCCGGGCUUGCAUUAUCUUUGACAACCACGAUCAACCUCUUUUUUGGUAACUUGAUCAUGGUUCCAGAGACGGGCAUUAUCAUGAAUAACGAAAUGAACGACUUUUCCAUACCUGGAUUUUCAAACAAGUUCGGCUACGCUCCUUCGCCUUCAAACUACAUCCAGCCAGGAAAACGGCCACUGUCUUCCAUAACCCCGAUGAUCGUGGAAAACGCAGAUGGCUCGCUGUAUUUCGUCACCGGCGCCGCUGGUGGGAGUCGAAUUAUUACAGCAACCGUUCAAAGCGUCAUUAACGUGAUUGACAGAGGAAUGAGUCCCGUGCAAGCACUUUCAGAACCUCGCCUUCACGAUCAAUUAAUUCCAAAUUUGGCCGCUAUGGAGGCUGAUUUCGACAAGGAGACUAUUGAAUUUAUGCGAGGCCGAGGCCAUAAUGUCACCGAGUUGAUUAUUGGUGCAAGUUCCACGCAAACCCACAUCGACACUGAGGCGGACUACGUUGGGCUUUCUACGACCGUUACGGUGCAGGCUUCAAGCCGCAUCAUGAGCUCUAACUGGACGACUGCAGAAGAGUUGGUCGCCCAGGCCCCGCUUCGCUGUGUUGUCCAACCUCGCUCAAUGACACUGUCAAACCCCCCCCUUCGCCUCCAGACCAUGUCGUCGAAGCUGCGAAACAUACUUAACGACCGCGAUCUGGACAAAGGGAAAACAAUGGCCAAGUCUCCCAAGAGCAAAGACCGAGAGAGAGAUGUGGAGAAGGAUAAAGAGAAGCGUCCGUCCCAUGGAAAACGACCGGGCACGUCAACCAGGGAUCGCGACUCCACCAUGACUUCGUCCACUUCAAGCUCUCACACUCGCACGCGCAGGUCGUCCAUGCCGGAGAUUGACAGCAACACGGACUCUGCUGCCACUUCGUUCCUCGACUCGAGAGCAAGUCUCCCCUAUCCGGCCUUGAACAAAGCACACAGCAAGGUGGCGCUAUGGGGUAAAUCCGACCCAGCGCGGCAGGCAGAGAUUCCUACCCCAGAUCCUACGGAUGUUGACCACCAGGAAUCCCGCACGACUUCAUCGCGCAACGGACACCGUCAUGGUACUCCACCAAGUCCACCACUCACCGCCGACCAACGAUCCUCGAGGGUGGGAAGCUCGGCAGGCAGCAAGCACAAGGAUAAAGAGAGGGAUUCGAAAGUGAAAAGCCGCAAAGACCCAACACAGUCAACGUCUAGUUUGGGUCGGGAUAAUGAAGAUGGCUCGCGAGUGAGCACAAAGUCUCCCCGAUCGAGCACCCCGAUCAAAGUCCGACUUCGAGAUUCGCCGACACCGCAUCGUACAUCUAGCCACCGGUCGUCGAAACCCACAUCGCAGGGCUCUGAUCUACCAAAGCGUGCUGCGAGUCAUAUAUCUAGGACGUCACAUUCGAUUGUCCACAGCACGGAUAAUAUCUCUCAAUACACGACUGACUCCGAUGCGACGUCGAUUGCUCCCAACCAAUCCCAAGCUCCGUUACGAUCCCAAGUUCGCUCGCCACAGAACCGCUCACGAAAACAGUCUCCUCCAAUUGAGGUGUUCAUUGAAGAAGAUGAAUCAGUUAUCAAUGAAAAUCACAGCCACGCUUCACCUUCACUUCCUCCGCCGCCUCCUCCACCUCCACAAAUGCCUGUCGCACCACCCCGGGUAGACUAUUUGCUACAGAAUGGCGGUUUGCGAUACCCUGUACCUAAACACCUUCUUGGAGCUGUGAACACGCCAGAGCAACCUACUCAGCAAAGCACUAUCGUUCAAGCCUUCGAACCAUAUCACCGCUUAUUAGACGACUAUAAUCAGGUUUUAUCAAAGAGCGGAUCGCUUGCGGUAGCUACAGGUUAUCGGUCUGUAGCUCGGCGGUUACUGGAUCGGUUAGAAGCGGUUUUUGCAAGAGACAUAUCGUCCGAGACUUGUCAGUGUGUGAUGUGUGAUGGUCAGGAGUCCGAUGAGAUGACCACUGGUGUCAGCUGGGGCGAAGUUUUGGAGCUGGUUUCUGGCAGGCGCGAGCUACCCAUUUGGCCCCCGUUUCAUAUGCCUACACCGACGCAGGACCAGCUUGCUCCAGGAGAAGAACAUAUUCCUAUGCAAAAGCUGGAUAUUGAUGUGCCGGAGGAGUUUCGUGAUCACUACGUCCGGCAGUCUCGAAAGACGAAACAAGCAGUCGACAAGUGGCUACUUGGUCAAACAGAUACCAACGCGCCCGAAGAGGUUGAUGAUGAGACUCUUGCGUUUGCAAUGAUGACAUAUUUGGAUAACGAACAGAGAGAUAUAUUUUGCACACUACUUGGCAUUAAAUCGUCAACUCCAGUACCCAGAAGCGCAACCCCCGCUCCACGCCCUCGUCCAGAGACUUUGAUUGCUUCUUCCUUGGCUAUACAACGCUUGUACCGUUUGGCUGCUCCGGCUCGAGACUCCGAAACAGCUCUCUACAUGUUAAAGAACCCGCUAAUUCACAACGUUCUUGCGACACUUGCGGCUAUAAGUGAUGAUGAGUGGGAGAUUCUCAUCUCUGGCCGCUUUGAUGGGUUUUUGCGAAGUGGUGCCGAGGACGCCUUUGCUCCAUCACGAUCUGCUAGCCGCGCGGGAACUCCUUUCAUCACGCCCUCUUCACGUGGACCGACACCAUUCCAGAUGGACCCUACCUAUCGGCCGAUGAGUCAGCCGUAUGGCUCAAGUAUUUCUGCGUCAUAUGGUGCGCCGAUCGGGCUAGACGAAGACACUGAGAUUGCCGUCCUAGCAGAGAUUGAGAAGGAUAUCUUUCAGAGCAUGGAAGCCCUGGAGGACGCAUUUGAAGCGCUACACUGCAAGGCCGAAGCCGUACGACGUGCGCUACGUGAACGAGGUGCUGGUUUAUCGGUUGCUAAUCAAGCACGUCGAGGUUCCGCUACCAACCUCGAUGCUCGACUAGGUACUCCGGCGUCUAUGGCGGGCAGUCUUUGGGAGAGUGGUCUAGAUGAGGAUGAUGGAAUAGACGACGACAUGUCCCUUGCCCCAGAUGACUCUGCAAGUAAUAUCAGCUCGAACCGACGACGCCGACCAAAGCGAAGGAGUGAACGACGUACGCCAGCGCCAGUUGAAGAAGAGGAUGAGGAGGAAGACGAGGAAUACAAUGCAAGGCGAAUGCGACGCAGAUAG